CUAUAAUCCUCUUCCUUGAUUUAUCUUCUGAGCACUUCUUAUAUAUAUAUUUUUGUAAAUAAUAAGUAGCACGCCCACCAAAGGCCUGACAGAAGCAGUGUGUGACUUUUCUUUGGAUGUGCAACACGAGCAGGCCGUGAGCAAUAAUUCCUUGUCUUGCACUUGUCUGCGAGGUGCAAUUUGUCACUAUAAACGUGACGAGGAAACCUCUUGGAGCGCCGCCUCGCUCCUUUCAAAAACUCAUUUCUACUCCAGCCAAGUGCACGUGCAAUACAUAUUUAUAUCUUUUAUACAUACGUUUACUGGUCCGUUUUUUUUAAUCCCCAAUACACAUUCGGUUUAUUUUCUCCCCCAACCCCCACUGCGAUGACUUUUAACCCCCUUUCCUCACAUAAAAAAGACAGAGGCGAAGAAUCAGCAGUUUUAACACAACACAAAGAGGUCAAUAAUUAAGCCGAGGUGGUUAAAAAAAAAAUCCUCCUGUGUGAAUUUUUGGGCCUGUUCACCAUCCCACGCGAACCGAAUUUUUUUCCCCUGUGCGUAUGUAGUAAAGCUGACAAGCCGUUUUCCUUUCUGUUAAGAAAAAAGAGAGACAUUACCACGGAGAGGGCUUCCCCCACGCUCUCUUCCCCUCUUCUGCUCCACGCUGCGUGGCCUCACUUGAUAUCGCGUCCACUGUGAGAGUGAAGGGAUUUCUAACAUCACCUCCACGCGCGCAAAAAAGCACAGAAAGGAGUCGUCAAGAUGCAAAAGUUAAUGAUUCAUUUGGAUACAAAAGACCAUCUUUUUCCUCACAACGUGAAUCAGCACCCUGCAAGCCCCCCCCCCCCUCACCACCGCCCCAACCCACCCCCAAUUCUUGUUCGAGGCAGUAAAUAAUAAAAUACAAGCAUGGCCUUCUCGCCAUCUAUUUGUGAUUAUGUGCUACCCCCCCCCCCACCUCGUCCUCCCCUUCUCUCUCUUUCUCGCUCAUUUGCUUGGACGAGGAGGGGGAGGAGAGGCAGCCACUUGAUUUGAACUGCCUUUCCAAGGCGCUACUUCAUUUGCAUAAUUUUUCUUGUCUAUGGUGUGACGCCGCGGUUCGGGCCAGUUGACUGGCGUCAGCACGGUCACGCGCUGAGGGUCCAGUCCGGUCCAUCCCAGCCUCGCAGCCCCGCCGGCUCCGCGCUUAUUCUCAGGAGCGGCACCGCUUCCAACUGGCGCGAUGAUAAAUUCGGCCCCUUGAAGCCCGAUAACGUGUUAUCUCUCUGACCCGCCCGCUUUCGUAAUCUCCAUGUACAUAUCCACGUCGAAAAGGGUGGAAGAAGUAGGAAAGGGGAAAAAAAGCAAAGGGGGCUUCUUUCUCUCUCUCUCUCUUCUCUCUCUCUCUCUUUCUCUCUCUCUCUCUGGAGUCUUCUUGUUGUGGUUGCCGCCUGCACGCAUGGCGCUUGCUGCUGCAGCCCAGCCCCGCCGCCUCCUCAAACUUUCCUCCGGAUUACCACUUUGAUCGAUUUCGUCGCUGAAUGAGAAAAUAUUGCUCGCUGCUCUGCGUUGGUCGUCAGAGGUUAAGGUAAGCAGGCCAGGAAUGGGCCGCCUCGGUUCUAAAUGGCCGAGUUUGCGUGUCGCGCGCGCGCGGUGAUUUAUCACCGUGUGACUUGGAUCUCGGUUCAGGAAGAGUUCACACACUCGCAGAUUUCUCUGAACGUGCAGGAGGAGCACGCGGGCCGCCGUGAACAAGAUCAAGCCUGCCUCCCGUCGCUCUUUUGGGGAUUAAUACACAGAUUUUCCACGUACUCUCUUUCGGGGGAGCUCGGUCAGGUCUUCUCGAGCUGCAGACCCACUCGGGCCGGGCCGAUUAGGACUUUUUGCUCGGCGGGGCUCAUUUUCAACACGUUUGCCUGCUUGUGGUGCGAGGCUCCACAAAUCAGUUUUAUAAUUUCACGACGACAUCUCGGUAGCUUCGUGGUUUCAGUCGACGAAUGUAUAUAUUUUUCAAUAUUUUCUAGUAUUUCUCGAUGCGUACAAAACGAAUAACAGUGUUGCCUAACAUUAAAAGACAAACAUUGAAAUGUUUGGUGAAAAGAUGACAACUACAAGUUAAUAUAAAACAGUCAAUUAAAUUAUUAUUUACAUUAUUAUUGUUAUUAUUAUUCUGACUAUUAUUAUUAUUAUUAUUAUUGUUUUCGUUCGCGUGACGUUCGAGAUAUACGGGUAGCGGCCGACUUAAUGCGAACAUUAUUUUAAGGCAUGCAUUUCAAACUUUACAAAUCAAGGCAGUUUAAUUUCAACGUUCUUUUUGUAAAGUAAUAUAUCUCUAUGAAUUUUGGUGAUUAUGUUAUGGGUCAAAUGGUUUAAUAUUAAUAGUAAACUCGUAUUUAGGUUAGCUUGAUGGCGUUUGCACUUUAGAAGAGGCCACGUUUGGGUUCGUGGUGUUUUUUAAAAAAAUAAAAUGUGUGUGUGUAUAUAUAUAUAUAUCAUUGAUCCCGCUCCAGGCCGGUUUUUCCGAGCUGGGUCCAAACGAGCCUCAAAUAUGCCACCAACAGUCGCCUUUAUUAUGGGUCUGCACGGGAAAAGUUCACAUUGCUAUCCUAAAGAUGCACGAACGAAAAUCCACCCGGUUUUUCAGGUUUUCUGAAGCUUUUAACUUUAAGAACGACAGAAAGGGGAAUGCGCGUAUUUGCACUUUGCUGGGGAAUGUGGUGGACAAUUUGUGCAAAAUAAAACACAGCAAAAAAUGAAAUGUUUUGGAAGGGAUUUCAGAUAACCUUAAAAAAAAACUAUAAUAUUAAGCCCGCAAUGGAAAUCAGUAUAUUGAGUGUCCUCUCUAACGAGAGCAGAGUCUUAAAAUGACAUUAAUUUUCUUAUUUGAUUUGGGCGUCUGAAGUGCUUUUUUUUUCUUUUUCUUUUUUUUUUUUUUUGAGCGCACGUUCUUUAGCACAGAUGGUAAUGGAAGGUUGGUCGCCGCAAGCCAGAAGGUUCACCCGAGGAGGCCAUUGGCGGAGAGGCGUCACGUGACCACGGGGUGCCAAUGUUCUUCUACAAGGGUGUCAAGACCCUGUCACUUUGCGAAAUAAAUAUCGGGAAACGGCGAGAUGCAAAAGGCAACCUACUACGACAGCUCGGCAAUUUACAGUGGCUACCCGUAUCAAAGCGCAAAUGGCUUCGGUUAUGAUGCCAAUCAGGUCCAAUAUCCCCGCGCCUCUCAUGUGGAAAGUGACUACCAUCGACCCGCCUGCUCCCUGCAGUCUCCCGACGGCACGGCGGCUCCUCUGCACAAGCCGGCGGAGAGCCGCGACGCCGUCCAAGCGGCGCCGUCCAAGGCGCAUCACGCCGAGGGCACCCCGCCUCCCUCGCGAUCCCCCUCCGACACCGACCACAACGGCAACAACAACGGCGGCGGCGGCGGCGGCGGCGGCGGCGGCGGCCAUCCCGGCGCCAAGAACUGCUCGCCGUCCUCGGGCGCCCGCAGCAAGCAAAUCUUCCCCUGGAUGAAGGAGUCCCGACAGAACACCAAGCAGAAACCCGCAAAUAGCGCCAAUUCAGUGGAGACUUGCCCGGGAGACAAAAGUCCUCCCGGGUCAGCCGCCUCCAAGCGGGCCCGGACGGCCUACACCAGCGCCCAGCUGGUGGAGCUGGAGAAGGAGUUCCACUUCAACCGGUACCUGUGCAGGCCUCGGAGGGUGGAGAUGGCCAACCUACUCAACCUGACAGAGAGACAGAUCAAAAUCUGGUUCCAGAACCGCAGGAUGAAAUACAAGAAGGAUCAGAAGGGCGUGGGGAUGCUGCCUUCCCCCGGGGGGCAGUCCCCUCGGAGUCCGGUGGGGCCAUCUUCCGGCGGGGGGUACCUCAGCUCUAUGCACCCCCUGGUCAACCCUCUUCCUUACGAGUCCCAGUCGCCGACGUCUUACAGUAAGAACCAUCAGAACGCGUACGGCAUGGCCACGUCGUACCCCCCUGCCAUGAACAACUCCCAUAAGAGGUAUCCCGACUCGGCCACCCCCGAGUAUGACGCCCACCCCCUGCAGGGGGGCACCUACGGCACGCACAUGCAGGGCAGCCCCGUUUAUGUGGGCGGAGGUUACGUAGAACCUAUGGGCAACUCCGGGGCGACGGUUUUCGGCCUCAGCCACCUCCCGCACCCGCCGUCGUCCAACAUGGACUACAAUGGAGCAAUCACGAUGGGCAACAGUCAGCAGCAUCAUGGCGUGUGCGAUCCCACACCCACGUACACAGACCUCACACCGCAAUACUCUCAGGGAAGAAUCCAGGAGGCGCCCAAACUGACUCAUCUGUAGCGCCGGCGCACUCCGUAUCACUCCGCCCAUUGUCUUGCAGCCACCUCCGGACCGCAUCACCGUCUUUUCUUUGUGUGCCUCCACACUGCGUCUGCCUUCUCUCUUUCUCGCGCGCACCCCUUUUUCUUCCUUUCUUUUGCUUUCCUUUAUUUUGAAGAUGUGUGAAGUAGCGUAGAGGAUAAAUAAUCUCUUUUUUUGUUGUUGUUUCCUAUCCACGAAAAAGACAUUUCUGUGGGCUUCAGGCGGACGUCGAGCGAGCCCAGGCCUAUUUAAUCUAUUUUUUAAACGUUUUUUUUUUUUCAAAUUCAAACAGGGUAUUAUGAAAACAUGUUAUUCGUUUUUUAUGUGAACUUAUUUAUCCGCAUUUGAAGUUAUUAUUUUGUUUUUUGCAAUGCAUUUUGUUGCACUUGUGAAAGGAUCCAGAAAUGCAUUUGUCAAAAUAAGGGUAACGAAGCUUAUAGGCUGCAAGCUCUUUGCUUGUAUUGUUCUAUUUGGACUUUCUGAUGUUAUUUAUUUUUUUGUUUAGUGUUUAAAAAAUAGUCCUUUGACACUUUUGCGAGCUCAGUGUGUUCAAGCCCCCCCACUACAUUUUCAACCCACAUCUGCUAUCAUCACGCAACAUCCAUUUCCACCCUAAAAUCGAGUAUUUUUUUCAUUUUAUUUUGUUUGACCCCCCCCCCCCACACACACACACACAGAACGUAACAUCAAUCAGUCGACGCAAUAAGGGUGGAAAGAAAGAUACAUUUUAGGACUUUCUUUAUUGAACAGAAUUAGAACACACGACAAACACUUUCAUACACAUUCCACGCUGCUCCGGUUCGAAGACGUAAAUAAAACAAUUGAAAUGCAAUCAAAGCACAUUUGUUUUAAUUCGGCUAAUUCAUUUCAGAAUGCAUCCGAUCUAUUUUUAAUUACGGAGGAAAAAAGCCCGUAAUGAACAUUGCAUUAACUGCAUUUUGCGACAGACAAUAGUGCGGUGUCCAAACUGAUAAAGUAAAAUAAACGAAAAAUCAAUGCGCAGUCAAUUAUUUUUGCAUACAAAACUCCGGCAUUAAUAUCUUCCCGUAAAAAAAAGAAAAAAAAAACAGGAACUGGCGGUUACACGCCGAGCAAAAAGAAAAAGGCUGCAUAAUUUAUUUCCCUCUCUUCUUGAUGAGACGUGAAGAAAACUCUCGGGUGGCCUUCUUCUGCUCUCCUCUCAUCUCAUCCGCGCGGGCACAUCCAUAAUCAUAAAAAUGUCAGCCGCCGGACCCUCAGCAGCCCCUGCGUGUAGACAACAAUCUCAAUGAGAAAUCGUUCGGGAACUAAUGUCCCUGAGUGUGCUGGGAGUCGGUCAAAUGCGGCCAGCGAGCGAAAAAAAGUGGGGUCGCGUGGGCUGCUUUGCCUCAUUAUGAUGCAAAAAAGCACGUCUUGAAAUGCAUCGUUAGGAUGAUGGAGAAAGCAAAUUAAAUUAUCGCUGAGUUCAAGAAAAAAAAUCUUUGAAAAUACACAGAAACGAAUAUGCUUUGCACAAAGACAACAAGUGUAAAAUAAUAAAUAUCCAUGUCAGUGUCAUUUAUAUAUAUAAAAAAAGUAGUUCCCGGAUAUAAAAUAUAAGCACAUUCUUUUCCAUUAAUCAAAAGAAAAGUGCAUUCCCAUACUUCCCCAAAACAAAACUACAGAAUUUGCCCACAUUGCAUAAAUGUCGCUGCACAGCUGCAGACUGUUUAAUCCCCGAUAAUGUAACCCCCCCAACCCCCUAACCCGAAAACCAUUACCAAUCUGAAUUUGAUUGAUAUUACAGGGCAGAGGCGGUCAUGACAUAUGGCGAGCAGGGAAACCUGGGACAAUUCAAACAUGGCGUGCUCGUCUCACCCAUAUGCGCCACUGCGGAAGCAUUCAGAGCAAACGUGAAAUAUGUUUUGCGACGCAUUCGCACCCGUGGGAAAGUUGUGUUAAAUCACUCUUGUUGUAAUGUGUGUAGGCUUACCCUUAAAAAAAAAAAAAAGCCUCCACCCACUCCUUCCCUUGCACACAAAGCCUACGCGUAAUUCCAAAAUUCCCUAUGGCAACCUUCUCCCCCCCAAAACUGGUUCAAUAUGCAAACAAAAAAAUGUUUUUUUUUUUAUACGUAUAUAUACCUCCAUCUGAAUGUGUAAAUCAGGUUCCCAUUACUGAUCAGCUAGAUAAAACCCAAGCGGCCACCUUUUGGAUACUCACCCGCGG